GGUUUUCGAGCAGCUCAGAUCCAAUGUAGGGCUUGUCCGACUCUGUCAGUAUGCGGAGGUCUGCUUUGAAGGCGCUACCAUGCAAUUGUUGCCGUCUUCGAUCCCAUGCCCGCUCAGCUGCGUGGAUCCCAAGCAGUCUGUACUUCCGACCACAAACUAGACAGUUUAGCUCCGCUGUCGCUCUUUUAAAUGGAGACAAUAAUGGCGUGACCAGUCCCGCAGCCGCUGGUGCAACGCCGGCGAGCGCAGUGUCACCGAAACCCACGAGUCCCAAAUUUGGCUUCGGGGGUGGAUGGGGGAAACCUACCUUUCGGUCUGGAAGCCAGCUCACGGUUGAUGAGAUGAAUCAAAGAGAGCGAGUUCUUGCUCAGCGCAAGCUGGAAACUGCGCGGAUUCCUCCCAAACCUGCCGAGAACUGGGGUAAACAGACGAACCAAGCACAUGUCAAGCAAUCUACCCAAACAACGCCCAAUGCCAACCGUUUUAGAAUUAUAUGGGGAGGCUCUAAACGUGAACGUGAUUCACCUUUGGCAACUACGGAUAGCCCACCGCGAACGGACGGUUUUGGGCGCGAAAGGAGACCUCCAGAAGAAUCCAAGCCUGCGACUGAUUCCGGCCGUGCUUAUAACAGACCUGGCUCUAAUACGGGAUUCGUAUCGUUUAUGCCUCAGCGGGGCACAGGAGACUCUAUUGGCGUCCAUAAGGGCCCUGCAACGGGAUCGUCUGAGCGAACCGCAUCGAAAUCGAGCUCUGUUGCUGAACGUGAAGCGAGAUUUCGGGACAACGGAAGUGAUACAUGGGGAUUUACUAGGUUUCGAAAGAUUCUCCCCGAACCUUCGGAUAUGCCCACCCCUGGGGAGACGGGACCACAGGUGCCACGUCGUGAAGCGCCUCCGCCCUCUAAGCAGCAAGACGUAGCCAUCUCGUCGCCACACAAUCAAGAUUUGAGUUCCUCUGCAGAAAAACGCCAGAUAUCAGGGGUUGAAACCGAUAUACCGAGUGCCGUACAAAUUGGUGCUGCCGAAGGAGCCUCGCGCGCUCCUAGGCAGCAGAAAAAGAAGGACAGAUGGAAGUCAACAAAAGAGCUUGAGGCUAAGGAACAAGAGUUUUUUGCUACUUCUCGCCGGUUUGGUUAUGAUUUGGAUGAAGAGUUUGAUGUUGAGGAUGACGGUGGUGCAGGACGGGCCCGCCGUCGGCGGAAGGAGCGUAAGAAAGAGAAGGAAGCACAGCGGCGCGCACAAAAGGAUAACAACACUCCUACCCCUAUAUAUCUCCCAGAAUUCAUAAGCGUUGCCAACCUUGCCAAUGCAUUGUCAGUGCGACCUUCGACGUUCUUGGAAUCGUUGCAAGAGCUUGGUUUUGAGGAAGCGACUUUCGAUCACGUCCUUGAUGCCGAAACAGCCGGUCUUAUUGCUGCUGAAUACAACUAUGAACCUAUAUUUGAGACUAAUGACAAUGAUUUGGUGGCUCAGCCCAUUCCAGAGGACACGUCGCAUUGGCCGUCACGACCUCCCGUUGUUACGAUCAUGGGACACGUUGAUCAUGGCAAGACUACAAUUUUGGACUGGCUGCGAAAAUCUUCUGUUGCAGCGUCAGAGCAUGGAGGAAUUACCCAGCAUAUCGGCGCAUUCUCUGUGAUGAUGCCUUCAGGCAAGCAGAUCACUUUCUUAGACACCCCAGGUCACGCAGCCUUCCUUGAAAUGCGAAAACGUGGUGCAGAUGUUACCGAUAUCGUUAUCCUUGUUGUCGCCGCAGACGAUAGCGUCAAGCCUCAAACCAUCGAAGCUAUCAAGCAUGCUAAACAAGCAAAUGUCCCAAUGAUCGUGGCAAUAAAUAAAGUUGACAAGGACAAUGUCAAUAUCGAAAGAGUGAAACAAGACCUUGCUCGACACAAUGUGAGCGUUGAAGACUAUGGUGGAGAUGUACAAGCCGUGUGUGUUAGUGGCAAAACAGGACAAGGCAUGCUGGAAUUGGAAGAAGCAGCAGUAACGCUGUCCGAAAUGCUUGAUCUUCGAGCUGACCAUGAAAACAAUGUUGAAGGUUGGGUUAUCGAGGCAACUACCAAGCCGGGAGGAAGGGUGGCCACGGUACUAGUCCGGCGAGGCACUCUCAGACCUGGCGAUGUCAUUGUUGCUGGAACUGCAUGGGCUCGAAUCCGUACCUUAAAGAAUGAAGCUGGUGUAGAAGUCAAGGAUGCCCCGCCAGGAACCCCCGUCGAGGUAGAUGGCUGGAGAGAACAACCACUGGCUGGGAAUGAAGUUCUUCAAGCUACAAGUGAGCAAAUAGCAAAGGAUGUUGUCCAGCUAAGACUUGAGAAGGAAGAAAAUAAACAGCUGAGUGGCGAUAUGGAAGCCAUCAACGAAGCCCGCCGCGAACGCCGUCAACGAGCAGCGGGGGCAUCGCAAGAAGAAUCGAGUGACGAACUUGCGGGGGUCUCAGAUGAUAGUGCGACAUCUGGUUCAAAGGGUAUCCCUUUCAUCAUUAAAUCUGAUGUCUCGGGUUCUGCUGAAGCUAUAGUCAAUUCUGUCUCCGCCAUUGGAAAUAACGAGGUCUACGCCAAUGUCCUGCGUUCUACCGUUGGCCAAGUAUCAGAGUUUGAUAUUGAGCAUGCCGCUGCUGCAAACGCACACAUUAUAUCAUUCAAUCAAGUCGUUGAUCCACAACAAUCUCGGCUUGCAGAAUCCAAAGGCGUCAAGAUUCUGGAUCAUAGAGUCAUAUACGAGUUGAUUGAUGACGUUAAGGCGAAACUGAGCGAACAUUUACCUCCCAACCUAGUACAGCGUGUAUCUGGAGAAGCAGAAAUUGGCCAGAUUUUUGAGAUUACGCUUAAGGGACGACUAAAAACCUCGAUCGCGGGAUGCAAGGUAAAAAAUGGUGUGAUUACACGUGCACACAAGAUCCGAGUAUUCCGGGGCAAAAAUAAGGAUGUUGUUUAUGAUGGAACUAUCUCGUCUCUUAAAAAUGUAAAGAAGGAUGUGACCGAAAUGCGGAAGGGCACAGAGUGCGGUAUGGCAUUUGAGAACUGGACCGAAUUCCAAGUGGGCGAUCAAGUCCAGACAUACGAGGAGAUACGUGAGAAGAGACAUCUUUGAUCAACUCCUAUCUCAGCAAUGCAUAGAAGGGCUAGACAAAACGUUUGGAUACAAUGCAUGGUAGCAUUAUCCUCCCCGGU